AUCGUCUGAAAUCUCUAGAACUCAAAAUGUCCCUAUUUUUGUUUAUGUUCCUUGGAUUUAGUGUUGGGUUUUCCAGCAUUAGCUAUUCUGAAUCUGCUGGCAAUGCUUUAAAACCAAGAAAACUAGCUGGUCUUUCUCUUUGUCCAUUGAACUUUGAUGGUCUUAGAGAAAUGGUCAAGAAUAGCCCCUCGGGACUGAACCAAAAGUUUACUGAUGUACCAACAGAGUGCUUUGUUCUUCUUGAAGCAUUUCGCAUAGUUCGAUCCCAGUACCUUCGAAGCACUGGCUUUUUUACUAUGCCUCCUAACGCCUCUGAUUCUUGUUGGGAUUCAUUUCAGAUCUUCAUUAACGAACGCCUUGGAGGGUUUGACGUGAGAUCCAAUUGUGGGGUUCAAACUGGUUGGAUUUCAAAUACCUGUAUGAAUAUCUCAACUAAGGCAGAGUUUGAAGCCUUAAUUUCUGAACCCAAAUUGCAAGAAAUUAGGCAUUCAUGCAAUCAAUCCCUUGGGGACAAUUCAUCUUGCGCGUCGUGUGUAGCUAGCUUGUCAAGUAUUCAAGAGGCCUAUUUUCAUGCCACUGGAAUUGAGAAUGUCACAGAUUGUAUUGGGUACCCAUUCAUGUAUGCUGCAGCUUUUGCUAACCAGUUUGGGCCGACUGAUUUAGCGACUGCCAAGUGUUUGUUCUCCAUUGAUCUCACUUCAGCUUAUAAAAGUACCAAGAAGCACAAGACUUUGUUUGGAGGGGUUGUGAUAGGAUGUGUUAUUGGCUUCCCGGCGGCAAUUGCUGUGGUAUGGUUUCUUUGGAGAAGGCACAAGCAAAGGAGGACGAAGAAAGAACAUGUUGAUAGAAGCGCGAUAAGUUCAGCUUUAGGUUUGGGACUGAUUGGUGAAAGUAUUGGCUUGGUCAAGUUCACAAUUGAGGAAAUGAAAGAGGCUACUAGAAAUUUCUCUAGGGGGAAUCUAAUUGGAAGAGGAGGAUAUGGGAAUGUUUAUAGAGGCAUAUUAGCAGAUGGGUCUGAAGUUGCAUUGAAAAGGUUCAAAAAUUGUUCUAUUUCUGGGGAUGCAGUGUUUACGCAUGAAGUAGAGGUGAUUGCCAGUGUUAGGCAUGUUAACCUUGUUGCAUUCAGAGGGUAUUGCACGGCAACGGAUCCUCUGGAAGGGCACCAGAGAAUAAUAGUGUGUGAUUUGAUGCGUAGUGGAAGCCUCUAUGACCAUCUUUUUGGAUCACAGGAAACAAGGCUUAGUUGGCCGAUUCGUAGAAAGAUUGCACUUGGAACAGCACGCGGAUUGGCUUAUUUGCACAAUGCUGCUCAGCCAAUUAUCAUCCAUAGAGAUGUUAAAGCCAGUAACAUACUUUUGGAUGAGACAUUUGAACCAAAACUUGCAGAUUUUGGCUUGGCAAAGUUCACUCUAGAUGGAUUGUCACAUUUGAGUACUAAAGUGGCUGGAACCCUUGGUUAUGUUGCCCCGGAAUAUGCUUUGUAUGGGCAAUUAACAGAGAGAAGUGAUGUAUUCAGUUUUGGGGUAGUGCUUCUUGAGCUGUUGAGUGGGAAAAAUGCUGUUUUGUCUGUUGAUGGUGGUCAUGCUCAGCUUUUGACAGAUUGGGCCUGGUCACAAGUGAGGGAGGGUAGAGCGAUGGAUGUUAUCAAUAAAAGUAUUCCUGAGUUGGGCUCGCCUGAAGUAAUGGAAAAUUAUGUUCUGAUUGCUGUUCUGUGCACUCAUCCGCAGUUAUAUGCUAGGCCAAAUAUGGAACAGAUUGUAAAGAUACUGGAAGGUAACCAUGCUAUGGUUGCUCAGAAUCCAGAUCGCCCACUAUCCUUUAUAGCAGAAAUAAGUGAUAUUGAGAGAUCACUGACAUGUACUCGCUCGGGUUCUUCCUGUAGCUUGGUUGAUCAGCAGCUAUUUCACUUUGACAACCUGCAUGCCAGUUUGGACCACAGGGAAGAUCAGGAAGCUCCACUUGCACAUGCAUUGUAAACUACUUAGAGCUUCAUUCUUCUUUGGGUAAUUGAAGUAUUUACUUCAGCCUGGUACACUUGAGACAUCCCCCAAUUUAUCUGUAUAUUAGAGUUCUUGUUCCCAUUUUAACCAAACACAAAAGAGUCGGUUAUUUUUAAAUUGACUCUGAACUUAUAAGUUAAAUAGCUUGUUACUUUAUUUGUUGAGGUUGUGGAGGCUAAAUGACUCUUGGAUUACAUUAUGGAAAAAUUCUACCAGUCGCACUUCUUUUGGCACCGAUUGCACUUAUGAAGAAGUAGAACCGGUCGUUCUUAAGUUGGACCGGUUGCACUUUGGCAGUGAAGGUCACAACGGGAGAUCCGUGAAUUGCAAUUGGUCGCACUUUGUUGUUAUGUGCGGAAAUCAGUUCCUUAUCUGUUUUGGAUGCUUCAAAGGCUUACACUUGUUGGACAAAUUGUUUUCUAAUAUAUAUUGGAGCAACCCUAGAUGUGUCAAGACUCAAGAGUGGAAGAUGAUAUUUUGGCCGAGAGAGAGAGAGAGAGCAAGAGAGAUUGAGAGCAAAAUUUUCAUUGUAAUUCUUAAUUUUUUUUAUAGUGAAUUUGUUUGGUGUGGUCUGUGGACGUGGCUCAGGAUUGGGAUGAACCAUGCAUUUCUCGUGUUGGCUCAGGUUUAAUUUUUUUAGAUGAAAGAAUUAAGCAUCUUAAUUUAAAAAAAAAAGA